CGGAUUUUACUACAGGGUGAUUGGGCUGGAGGCUGUCUUUCCCAUCAUGCAAUCCUGCUCGGAAAUGAAAGAGAUGAAGGCUGGCCGAAAUGGAACAUUUUUCCCCGUGGAUUUUUUUUUUUUUUUUUUUUUGUGCGUGCCUAUUUCACUGAACUAAACCGAAGCCACGACGACGUGUCCAGCACGAGCUACAUUCCAGAAGCAAACAUCAGUCAUCUUCAAGUCUCGGCACUCGUUGUUUUUUGGCCUACUUUAGCCUAGCCUAGCUGGCCGGUGUAAACAAUCCGCUGUACACCAGCCGUUCACAAAGCUGCAAGGCACGUUGUCAAGCGUUCAGCAAUCAAGUGAGGAAAAUGUCCUCAAGUACCACACCGGCAGCAGUAAAGUUCCAGGAGGAACUUUGUGAGGUAAAAGAGGAGCCCCCACGUCAGCAACACUCGACUGUGUGCAAAACAAUGCACGGAAAGGUUGUUCUUAACAGACAAGAAGGUUGCAUAAAAUAUCUUUGUGCUGAGCGGCAGGAGCAAGAAUCUCCUGGCGUAAAAGAGGAUUUUGAGCUCCCGCAAAUCAAAGUGGAGGAGGAGCCAGAACCCGAUCAACAGAAGGAGAAAGAAGAGCAACUCCCAAUCAAAAAGGAGGAGGAGGAACUGCCAUAUGUUAAAGAGGAGGAAAGUAUCACCAGGUCGACUGGUGAGACCUUGAAGAGUGAAGUUGGUAUGAGUGAGGCCAGCAGAGGGGCGGAGCCUCCAAGCGGCAGCAGCAGCUUAACAGAAGGAUUGCAAGCAGACAUUUACUACAUUGCUCCAUCAGACAGAAAUGGCGCGACGUCACACUCACCUUACAGUGAUGAUGGUCAUAAGAAAUCACACAGUGACAACAAACUCUGCAAAUGCUCUCAGUGUGGGAAAAACUUAAAAGCUACUAAGUAUACUUGUUUUAGGCAUAUAAGGAGCCACACUAUUGAAAAAUGUUUUUCCUGCUCCGUUUGUGGUCAAAGAUUCAGUCGCAAGAGCGCCUUAAAAAUACACACAAGAACUCACACUGGUGAAAAACCUUUUUCCUGCUCAGUUUGUGGUCAAAGAUUCAGUCAAAAGAGCAACUUAUUAAUACACGCAAAAAUCCACAUUGGUGAAAAACCUUUUUCCUGCUCAAUAUGUGGUCAAAGAUUCAGUCGCAAAAGCACCUUAAAAACACACACACAAACCCACACUGGCGAGAAACCUUUUUCCUGCUCAGUUUGUGGUCUAAGAUUCACUCUAAAGCAACACUUAAAACAACACUCAAGAACCCACACUGGCGAAAAACCUUAUGUCUGCUCAGUUUGUGGUCAACAAUUCAAUAGAACGCAAACCUUAAAAAUACACACAAGAACCCAUACUGGUGAAAAACCUUUUUCCUGCUCAGUUUGUGGACAAGGAUUCACUCAAAAGACGGGCUUAAAAACCCACGAAAAAACCCACACUGGUGAAAAACCUUUUUCCUGCUCAGUUUGUGGUCAAGGAUUCAGUCACAAGAGCACCUUAGAACAACACACAAGAACCCACACUGGUGAAAAACCUUUUUCAUGCUCAAUUUGUGGUCAGGGCUUCUCUAAAAAGCAAAACUUAAAUCGACACACAACAAUCCACACUGGUGAAAAACCUUUUUCCUGCUCAGUUUGUGGUCAAGGAUUCACUCAAAAGACACGCUUAAAAACACACAAAAGAACCCACACUGGUGAAAAAGCUUUUUUUUGCUCAGUUUGUGAUCAAAGAUUCACUACAAAGGAACACUUAAACCGACACACAAGAAUCCACACUGGUGAAAAACCUUUUUCCUGCUCAGUUUGUGGUCAAGGAUUUACUCAAAAGAACAGCUUAGUAACACACGAAAGAACCCACACUGGAGAAAAACCUUUUUCCUGCUCAGUUUGUGGUCAAGGAUUCUCUCAAAAGCAAAACUUAAAUCGACACACAACAAUCCACACUGGUGAAAAAUCUUUUUCCUGCUUUGUUUGUGGUCAAGGAUUUGCUCAAGAGAAAACCUUAAAAACACACGAAAGAACCCACACUGGAGAAAAACCUUUUUCCUGCUCAGUUUGUGGUCAACGAUUCUCUCAAAAGCAAAACUUGAAAAGUCACAAAACAAGCCACAGUGGUGAAAAACCAUUUUCCUGCUCAGUUUGUGGUGCAAGAUUCACUCGCAAGACCACCUUAAAAACACACACACAAACCCACACUGGCAAAAAACCUUUUUCCUGCUCAGUUUGUGGUCAAGGAUUCACUCUGAAGGAUCAGAUUAAGAGACACGUGUGUGUGUUGGUAUGAUAAUGACUGUUUUGUCUGUCAUCCGUGCUAUCUUCGCCAGAUUUUGCACGCAGGACGAUAGUAUUCCAUAGGCUGUCCUCAAAUCUUGUUGAGGAUUGGCGCUUUGGGUGCAUUAUAUGUGCUUUGUCCUAUCCAUGUAUGACGUGCACCCACACUAUUGCCAAAAGUAUUUGCUCACCCGAUUCAAAGUUCGAAGUUAUGUGCCAUUAUUUAUCUAAUACUGUCCUUCUUUCAAACUACACUUUUCACUGACAAUAUUUGAAACUGUAGACCCUAAAUUUAAAAACUGAUUUAAAACGGCCUCAGGAGUUGCUUUCAUCCUUGUCACUUUAGCGAAGGUGUCAAAGCGGUAAGGAAAGUCCGUAGCUGCUUAUUCACCUAUAUCAGUGCUUCUCAAUUAUUUUCUGUUACGCCCCCCCAAGGAAGACGUAAAUGUUUCGCGCCCCCCCAACUCUCUGCCGCCACUGUAAAUAGUAUCAUUCGUCUAUAUUACUAUUAUAAGUACGCCUCAGCCUAACAUUGUGUCCUUUUUUUUCUAUUAAAGAAAAAAAGUAACAUAGAUCAACUUAUAAUAAAGUAUAACUUUUUUAACAUUGUGCUGCUUGGAACAGAAAAGACUUAACGCGCAUCAAUUUGCCUGAAGUUAAAAAAAAUAAAAAAUGAAAAAAAAGUCACAUCCAAACUGUAAAAAUACACUCAAGGUACAUUUUUGACCAUUUGAUACUGAAAAAUAAAAUGUAAUAAAAUCAGUAAAUAAUAACAAAUUCAAAUUGAUUAGAAACAUUUACUCUUCAGGACAACAUGCCAAAAAAUUUGACCGAAAAAAAACAAAACUGAAUAGAAGGGGGGAAAAAGGUCUUUGGACAGAAGGAAAGUUUUUAUUUUCGCUGAUUCACCACAGUGCUCACUGGUUUACUGAUAUAACACUGACAAAGCAGGACGAUUGUGACAAUUGGCAAUAUUCGGCACGUUUUCGCUGAAAAACAAUCAAGCGGCUUAUCAAUGAGAUUGAGGUCUAAUGUCUUUAAGUGGCAUCUUAACUGAUUUGGCUUCUCCGCUAUAAUCAUUUUUAGACUCAGUAAACAGUGGUCUUUCCUCAUUUCCCACUAUAUUAAAAGUCAAAGGCAAACGGCCCGAAAAAAGCGCAUUCUCGGCGGCCGAGGGAGAACCGUAGGUGAGGGCGGUGGUCGUGACGAUCCCAAGCCGAAAACGGCACUUCUCGGCCGGACACGUGAGAACCGAAGAAGACAGCGGGUCGCUGCGUGAGUCCAGCUCUGCAUGAG